CCCCGCCCCCACUUCGCACAACCUUCUUGUCCUAUCUCCUGCCCGAUUCGCACCGAUCUCGACUCGCCCCGCCGCCUGCCUGCCUGAUCCUCGCCUACACUCCAGAUCUCACACGAGGAUGAACAACCGCGGCCUUUCCCGCCGCCGCCAGCGUCAUGAGGCCCGUAAAACUCAGGGCCCCGGCUUCCAUGCUGAGAGUGGCGCGGCCCACCUCUCUUCUAGCCUGUCGGCCAAGAAGGCCAAGAAAACCUCGAAAAAGCGUGAGCCCUCUCUGGCCGAGCUCAAGCAGCGCAUGCUGAAUGCCUUCGAGAAUGACGAUUACGAUGACGAUGGUUCCCUGCUGGCCGCCGAUGUGGAUGAUGGUGCCGGCGGCGGCCCGGAUGUUGAUGAUCGGGGCUUCGUCAAGAUCGAUCUCGGCAAGCUCGGCUUCAACCCGAUGGGCGGUAACCCGGACGACGAUGAGGAGAUUGACGAGGAUGAGGCCUUCGGCGAGAGUGACGAGGACACCUACGGGGACAUCCUGAACACCAUCGCCGAGCGUACCAAGAACUUCAGUCGUCUCAACGCGUCCGAUCGGAAGCGCCGCCACGUGGCCGACGACGAUGAGGACGACGAGGAGGACGAUUCCGACGAGGACCCAUCCAUGGCCGGAUACUACAGCGGCGAUGAUGAGGACGAGUAUGCCGGCACCGACAGCCUGGCGGACAUGCUGAUGGCCGGAGUUGGCGCCAGCGACGAUGACUACCCCGGCAUUCAGACGGACUCCGACUCCGAGGAGGAGCUGUCCUUCGCCGGGGAGGAUGCCAGUGACUCGGAUGCCGAGGAUGCCGAGGAUGCGGCCUUCCUGGCGGAGUUUACUGCUCGGCAUCGUCAGGCCGAGGGCUCUGCCGCGCGCGAUGCCGAGGUGAGCCGCGUCCAGGCUGUCAAGCUGGUCCAGUCGAUUGAUGGCGCACAGCCGGAACAGACCGAGGCGUAUGCCGAGUCGGAGAUGAACCUCCAGCCGUCGGCUGGCCUGAGCCUGCGUGACCUGAUUUCCUCGGCUUCGCGUCUGGAUACCACGGCCUCCGGCAUGAAGGGACAGCUCAAGUCCCUGAAGAAGAUCCGCGACGCGGAGCUGGCGCCCGUGCACUCGGUCGAGGCCGAGCGUCUGACGCGCGAGGCGGCCUACAACAUGGCCAAGGAUAGUGUCACCGAGUGGCAGCCCUUCGUGGCCAGGCUCAACAGUAUGGAGUUCGUGUCAUUCCCCCUGAUGGACACGAGUGUCUCCAACCAGCGACUUAAUUCCAUCAACGAGCUGGCCUCCACGCAUGAGUCUGAGACCGCCCUUGAAAAGGACAUCCAAGUCCUGCUGGAGACGGCGGGACUGCAGAAUGAGGCGUCGAUCGCCGCGCUGGAGGAGGACGACGACCAGAUGAAGGCCCUGACGGCCGAGGAGAUGGCCGAGCGCCGGGCGCAGCUGGCCCGCAUGCGCCACCUGCUGCUGUCCAAUGAGCUGAAGCAGGCUCGCCAGGCAAAGAUCAAGAGCAAGGCCUUCCGCCGGGUGAAGAAGCGCGAGCGCGAGCGCAAGGAACUGUCCAUCGACGAGAUGGCGGCCGUGGAUCCGCAGGCCGCGCGCGAGCGCCUCGAGCGCAUGGAGAUGCAGCGCCUGGAGGAGCGCAUGACCCAGCGCCACCGCGGCGGGGGCAAGUGGUCGCGCGAGAUGGCCAAGCGCGGGGUUCGGCCGAAUGAGCUUCUUCGCGGGGCCAUGGACGAGCAGUCGCGCAUCUCCGAGGAGCUGCGCACCAAGAGGACCCUGUCGCUGGAUGCGGGUCUCGGUGGUGGGAGCUAUUCGGAUGAGGAUGACGGUGCCCUUUCCGAUGGCCUGGAUGUCGUGCGCCCGGGCCAUGGGGCCGGUCUGCGGGCGGUCAUUGCCGGCGCCACGCUGGAUCCUGGCGCUGCCAUUGGCCAGUCGUCGGAGGCGUCGGCCUCUCGGAGCCUGGCCGCGGCGCUCUCCGGGCGCGGAUCGGCCGUGGCUGCCGGUGGUGCCUCUCUCGAUGACCAUGGUGAUGAGUUCCUGUUGGAUAUGGAUGUUACCGGAGGCGGCAACGGUGGCGGCGCCGAGCCGCAGGCGAACCCCUUCGCCAUCGCCCUGGACCAGAAGGACCUGGUGGAGCGGGCGUUCGAGGGGGACGACGUCUUCGAGGCGGACUUCCAGAAGGAGAAGGAUCAUGAUAUGGAGCUGAAUCUGCCGGAUUUGCCGCCGGCCGAUGUUCCAGGCUGGGGCUCGUGGGGUGGUGAAGGUGCCCGGCCAAGCCAGGCCGCCCAGCGGCGCGAGGCCAAGCGCCAGCGCACCAUCGAGAAGAUCAAGUCCGCCGCGCGUGCCGGGAGGUCGGACGCCAAUCUGGCACACGUCAUCAUCAACGACCGGGUCAACAAGAAGCAGAGCAAGCUGCAUGCGGACAUUCUGCCGCAUGGAUUCUCCACGCGCAGUCAGUAUGACAACCUGAUCAGCCGCCCGGUGGGUGCGGCCUUCAACACGCAGACCGCCGCCGAGCGGGCCACCCGGCCGCGCGUCAUGACCAAGGCUGGUCACAUCAUCGAGGCUCCGCGCUCAGCCAAGAUGACCCUUCCGGGUCGGACGAUCUCCGGCAAGGAGUAAGGCGAACGAGAAGGUGCACACAGGCCUCCCCCCCCCAAGUUGGCAGAAGGUGGGUGGACAGGAGGGAGGCGCAGGAAGGGGCG